GGGCAUUUUUUAUUUGUUCAGAAUAUAGGGACUCGUUAACGUGUGUCUUUUGUUAUCAAAUCUACAACAGUCCUGACUCCUGUCAUUUAUUUUAAUAAGAUCAAUUUAUAUUUUAAUACGAAAUAUGAAAGCUUAACCAGUCACAUAUCGAUAAAGGUAUUUAUUUAUUUUUUUAUUCCUUUGACUAAUCAGAGCACACGAGUGAAAUUAACUAGAAUUAAUGCUGUUUACAAAUGAAUGAGGCGCGCUCACGUUUACGUUGGUCUACUUUGCGCGUCCCCGCGCUGGGCAGAAAUACGCUCUCGAGGGAUACUGGCUUCGGAUUUAUUAGUUUGACCGUUUAUUAUAUUUGUAAUAAGUCAAGUUAAGAUUAAACACCAAUGGAGUUUGGAGCAACUACACACAGAUGAGAAACGGAGGCGUGAGGACGAUCAUCAGAGUUUGAUUAGAUUUGUGGGAUGGAGUCUUCAUAUAGAAACCGCUCCAGUUCACAUCGCUCCAAAGACACCAGAGUCCAUGGUGUGUCAAGUGGCUGCUCUAUAGUGAAGAAAAAGAGCUCGCACAAGCACAAACGCUGGCACGGAGCGGAUCACAGCGAUCAUGUUGGAUCUCCUCAAGAAAGCAUCGUGGGUUGUCAAAUCCAGCACAAGUGGAAAGAAUACAGCUACAGUCCAGUUUCAAAGUGGACGGGGACGGUGCUAGUGCAAAUCCAAGUGAACCCUUCUCUGUACCUUAUCAAGUAUGAUGGCAUUGACUGCGUCUAUUGCCUCGAGAUUUUCAAAGACAAGAGAGUUGAAAACCUGGAGAUUUUACCCACGAAGAUUGCCCCGUUUCGAGUGAGUGACAGUCGUCUGGCGGACAGGCUGCUGGGCCGGGCGGUGGGACAUCUGUUUGAAACGGAAGACGGGUCGAAGGACGAGUGGAGGGGUUUGGUUCUCUCUAGAGCUCCCAGUAUGCCCACAUGGUUCUUCAUCACAUAUGAGAAGGACCCAAUACUGUACAUGUACCAGCUGUUGGAGGAUUAUAAAGAAGGCGACCUGCGGAUUCUGCCAGAUUCAGAUGAUCCAGCAGUGUUGUCAGAGCCGGGCAAAGCGUUCGACUCGCUGGUGGGCAAACAGGUGGAGUGUUUGAAUAAAGAAAACACACAGAAGAUGGGCACCAUUAUCCAACAGGUUCACGCAAAACCGUCUGUUUACUUCAUCAAGUUUGAUGACGACUAUCACAUCUACGUCUAUGACAUGGUCGGAUCAUAAGUUUGUGGAAUAUUCAGUCUUUAUUUUCAGUGUUUUACAGUCAGUUUCUGUGAUUACUUUUUUUUUAAUCUUUUGUUAUUACAAGAAGUAUGUUGUUCACAAAUGUACUUUAUAUGUAAAGGCUCUGAUGCGUCAAGUGUUUGAUUCAUCAGGUUCCUCUUCUCUCUUGAACUACUGUAUGUGGAACACAUGACCAAACAUUGAUGUGUUUGAAAAUACAUAACGCUGGUCUGAUUAAGGGCAUGUGUGUUGGCUCCUUCUGAGUUUUCAUCUUUAGACACAUGCUGAACUUAAAACGCUGGUUGGGAGUUUUUGUUCCACGUGUCAUGAAUGGACAGUUUAACUGGGAUCAGUUGGAGUCUCAUUUUCUUGUGUUGUUCAUUUCAAAAACAUGUUGUUACCUUAGAGUUUAUCAUCUCUUCAACAUUAAAGUUCUUGCACUGUAAAUAAUAUCUCAGUCUCUUCUGAGAUCAUUCU